AUGGGACAACAGUCCUACAAGAUUGCGGUCAACCCGCCAUCCAGCAUCGAGAUGAAGAACAAGCCCCCCACCGUCUUCCACACAACCGCUAAUGACUGCAUCCCUUCUACAACCCUAUCGGAGAACGUCUUGUGCCAAUCAAAACUUUGUUGGACGCAACCAUACUUUGAAAUGCCCCUCCCGGCUACCUUGCCAUUAUCUUACCAAAUCCAAGGCCCAACUUCAUGCUUUGUUGCAGCUGAGAAGAAGCCGCAUACGAUUCACCAACCCCUGCUCGUACUGAGCUACCUCUUCAUUUCUACGAUGCUUCCCGGGGAUGAAGGGGCAUUGUGGCGUAUCAUCUAUCGUAGCGGAAACGACUGGGAAAAGGGGUUUGUUUUACAAUACGAUGGACUACUGUCAUGGUUCAUCGCCGCACGCGAGGCUUUAACCCGAUCUGAAGCCCUCCACAGCAUGUCUCUGGAAGAGUUGGAGCUCCAGAUCAGGUACAUCCAGUUCAUUCUAGGACAACAUGCAUCGUGUCAUUCAAGCUUCCUUCACACAUGCUAUCAGCGACCACUUCCUCCAUACCGGCCUUUUGGGACCAAAGCAAGUGUCGCGCUGAUUUGCCACGCCUUUAUGGGAAUCCAAGCCACAGACAUGGACGGAUAUGAGUCCAAGGAGAUCUGGUUACGUGGCGAAGAAUUUUUUUCCACGAUGGCUUUCCAACUAAAAAAAUCGCCGCUUUUUCAAGCCGGGAUCUCAGUACACCAACUACAAUCGAUGAUCCUGAGCCUUCAAAGAGCCUUCCAGCUCGAGGAAGUCCGUGUCGCCUCAACAAAGCCGCAGAAGAUUUUCAUUAGAAAUGGUUCAGAUCGGACGGAGUAUUAUCGACGAGCAUUUUUAUCUUUGAACCCAAUACUGUUACCGAAGAUCUUGACAUCAGCACUGGGGAUAGAGCCGAUGGCUGAUUUGAGUAUAGACUGCCUGGCUACUCUCCUUGCAAAGAUCUUCCACGAGGCGUACCCGAUGAAGGAUUUGGAAGCUGCUUUUAAAAAGGUUCCCGAGAUUCUACUGUCAAAGCCCGAUCGGAUCGUGGCUACGGAAAUGUUUCACGUCAAAGCAUUCGAGCAAGCAUGCCAGAUUGACAAUCUUGGUGAGUACCCACCAUGCAGGACAAGCAGAAACGAAACUGACGGCGAUGGCGACCACAGACGAUAG